AUGGAUGAAAUAAAAAAGUUACUAGAAAAUAUGCAACGAGAAAUAAAACAACAGAAAACUGAUAUGCUGGAAAUGAAGGAAGACAUUAAAAUUUCAAUAAAUAACAAUAUUAACGAAAAAUUCAAAAACUUACAGUUAAAAAACGAACUACUUGAGAAAAAAAUAGAGGAACAAACUAUAGCUAUAAACAACUUCGAGAGACACAUAAGACGAAAAAAUCUCGUCAUAUUUGGAGUAGAGGAACAGGAAAAAUCUUACCACGAACUUGAAAAACGAAUAAUCGAUAUAUUAAAUACCAACUUUAACCUGAAAUAUGACAAUAACAAUAUCGAAGCUGUUAGAAGACUGGGAAGAAAAAGUGACAAGGUCAGACCAGUAGUGAUAACUUUGAGUACAUUAGGAUUAAAAAUAUAUAUCCAGAAAAACAAAAAACGCUUGGAAAAAACACCUUACUAUAUAAAACAAGAUUAUCCCAUAGAAAUACUUAAAAAACGCAAGGAAUUGCAAACUCAAUUAAAAAAGGAAAAAGAAUUAGGCAAGAAGGCAUUAAUUAAAUAUGAUAAAUUAAUUGUAUUAAAUGACAAAGAAAAGAAGAAAUCCCAUAACAAUGCCAGCAAAAGAAACCUUUCUGAGUCACGGGAAUUAUCCGAGCCAAAACUACCCUGCAACCCCGGAAACAACACCCAAAAACAAGCAAAAUAUAACCAGUACGACACAGAAUAG